AUGGCGUAUAUCUUUGACUGGCUGUCUGGAUCAAUCGACAGUAACUCAAUUGACGAGGCCUUUCGCCAAAACUUGCGUUGGUUCUUUUCGUGCUACGAUGACCACAGCAGUCCCGAAGACGUCACCAGACUCAAGAGAAUCCGGGCCUUUGAACCGUUCAUGCUUGGUAUGAGCGAUCAGCAACUCACUACCGGUGUAACCCUCACGAUCGUUACCAUGUUCAUGACGUUCAACAACAACCUGAGUGAAAAGUUCUCGGUUUUCUCCUUUCAGAUCGCGACCAGACUCGGGUACUUCUCUUGCAUUGUACAUAUUUGUACAAUCUCUCUCCUGCGCGAGCAUUUCGACGGUUACGAGAGCCUGAGGACAUUCCGAGUAUGUGUGGUGGCCGUACUACCAGUGCUUUUGAUAAUAUGCAUGACGAUAUCUGAAUCAGUUACCUUCAGAUUCAAUCGCCACAUCUCAGUCAAAUGCGCAAAACAACUUUUCAAAUUCAUCGACCCUGACCGGCCUCACUACGUCGCGCUUUCAGACGAGGUUGUGGUACUUUUGAUUCAGACGGUCCUCGUCUUGGUUAUAGUCCUCGGCUAUUCGAGGCGGUUCCUUGAACUUUAUCACAAAGAUGCCCGGGCGGACUACCACUACUGGUCUCGAUGGUCUCUGCAACGACUGCUGGGAGAGCUAGCUGAAAACAAUUCGCGCCCACGAUGGAAUCAUUGCUUGAGCCUUGAAGAACUUCGUAUCAGCAAGGACGAUCCUACUGUGGACCGUUGGAUCUUGGCGUUAGACAUAUGGACUGAGUUAAUUUCCACCAGCUUUCUCUGGGAAAUAAUCUGGCUAGGUUUCUACUUUGUCUUCGGAAUGGGCAAUUUCUGGAAAUUCUACUUGGAUACAGAUCUGACGCACCGGAUGGACGCAAACUUCGGUCAAGUGAUACUGUUGAUUCUUGUUUGUAUUCUGUUCUUGUCUGCUUGGGUUGCUUCUUCGUGUAAGUGCUUCUUUAAUGCGUUGUCGAACUUAGACAAACCAAUGUGA